AAAUGUGAAUUUUUUAUUAAAAUUUUGCUUGAUAAAAACAAUGCACCAGCAUUAAGAAAUGCAAAACUUUAUGGUAGCCCUGAAUUCAAACGAUUGAUUUUUGGUCAUGAUAAAAUCUUAAAGCAGAGAUUGGAACAGUGUUAUAAUAUUGAUGAAUUUUUUAUUGAUCUAAAAGAUUUACUUGAGCAUCUAAUGAUCAAAGAAAAAGAAGAAGUAAUGCCACCAGGAAUUUAUUAUUCCUCGUUAUUAUCUGAGCUUGAUAAAAUUGGCUGGGAUAAAUUGGAAUCGCUUGAUCCUUCCUUGAAAUCUUUGGUUCUUAGAUUAAAUGAUUCAUCAGGUCGUCAACACAAAAUAAAUAUAAUGUUGCCUUUUUCUUAUCCAAAAUCACCUCUUAUUAUACAAACCGAAAUUCCAUCUGAAAUUCAACUGAAUCGUAUCUUUGACCUGAAUGAAGUGGUUUCUAUUAGUUAUAAA